ACAAUCUUCAACAAAUGCAAAGUUAAAGUCUCCAUUCUCCAUAGAGCCUUAACAUCUCAUAUGGUUGAGUGGCAAUUCCACACUAACUAAACUUCAUGUGAAAAAUUAGAUUCUUGAAUCCAAUAAUUCAUCACCAAAAAAAUUAGAUCUCCAUAACUAAUAAGUUUUUGUUGCAACCCCACUAUUCUUAUUCCUACCUCUUUUCUUUUCACGUGAAAAACAGAAAUGGAUCUUGAAGAGUGGGAGGUUCUUCCUGAGGAUGGGUUUCUUGAAAUCCAUGAUGAUGGUGGCAACAAGAUUUUCUCAAGAAAAUUUAUUUCUGAUUCCAAUAGAGUUUUCCAUGAUUACUUUAGUUGUUCAACUCCAAAUCCUUGUCAAUUUGUCCACUCAACAGUGCACCCUAGAGUGCCAAAACAACUUAUCCCACUCUCAAUUCAACUAGAGCCAAGAAUCCAGAAAACACAAGAUGAUGAUCAUGAGGUUUCUAAAGAAGUCAUCACUACUCAAGUUCCUUUUGAGAUCACCAUUUCUGAAAAGAUCAAACCUCCAGCAGCUAUGAUGGAAACAGAGCAAGAUCAAGCACUGUCACAAGUUUUCUUCAAGAAAAUGAAGGAUACUGAAAGUAGACUUACAAAAGACAUGAAAGUAGACUUACACAAGACCUUUGUGCCACAAAUUGAUCAGGAGUAUCCUUUUCCAUUUGAGGAGAAUAGUGAAGUUAUUGAAAUUGACAAAGAUAUAGUGAUCAAGAAAAUGAAGAUGGAAGCUGAGAUAAUUCAUGAAGAUAACAGAGGUGGAUUAAACCUAUUGACUGGGAUUGGUGCUAUCUGCUCAUUUGGGGUUGCUGCUGCUGCUACCAUUUGCAUCAUCUUCAUUGGUAAUCGCCAAAAACAUAAGCAAAAUCAGAUGCUUCGGUUCCAGAUCUUUUCUGAUGAUAAGAGGAUGAAGCAAGUAGUUCACCACGCAAGCAAAUUGAAUGAAGCAAUAUCAGCAGUAAGAGGAGUUUCUAUAAACAGAGCACAAAUCACAGUUGGGGGAUACUAUGAUGCUGUCUGAAGCAAUAAAUAUCCAGUAAUGACUUAAUCAGCCUCCUGAGUCAUUGUUAUGUCCAAGUAUUUUAUAAAUAUAGGAUCAUUAUAAAUGCUGUGUAGAUAUAUGUCGGAUUUCCUAUAUUCCAUGAGCUUAGUAAGGUCAGUUAUUCUAAAAAAGAAAACAGGAGUUUGGUAAUGUGUGAUGUUUGGUUGUGUGUGUUGUACAUGCAAUUUACUUGUGGAGGCUAAUCUAGGACUUGGAGGGUUCAAUUUUUUUUUAAUCGGUGGACCAAUCUUUAUUCAUGAGAGGAAAGGAUAUGAUACAUUUGGGAAAGGGGGAUUUAACACC